ACACACACACACACACACACACACACACACACACACACACACACACAAGAUUCUGUACAAAACUAGUGUGCGAUGAGAAAAUGUUCAUUUCUCAACCGGAGGGCCGAGAGGACACAAAGUGUACAGAAAGCUGAAGUGUAGCUGCAGUGUGUGAGGAGACUCAGGAUGUCAGCAGCUCUAACAGAGCGGUUGGGCUUCACUGCAGGAGACUACGCUGUGUUUGGCGCCAUGUUGGCCAUCUCCUUGUUUAUCGGAUUAUUGCAGUCUCUGCUCUCACGUCGGCGGAGGUUCUCUGAUUUAGACUCAAUGGAGAAUUUCUUCACUGGUGGGCGGAGCCUGGGGGCGGUACCAGUAGGAGUGUCUCUAUGUGCUAGCUUCAUGUCAGGUGUGCAGGUACUGGGGGUUCCGUCUGAGACGUACCUGUAUGGCUUCAAGUUCCUCUACAUGUGUUUGGGGCAAGGCAUCAACUCCCUCCUGACAGCCACACUGUUCCUCCCUGUAUACUACACACUGAACAUCACCUCUUCUAACCAGUAUCUGAGGAUGAGAUUCGGCAGAGGAAUGCAGCUGCUUGGGAGUCUACAGUUUCUCAUAGCCACAAUACUAUACACUGGCAUUGUUAUCCUCGCUCCUGCACUCAUCCUAAAUCAGGCCACAGGAUUGAACAUGUGGGCGUGUCUGAUCUCCACAGGACUCAUCUGUACGCUCUACACAAGUCUGGGAGGAAUAAAGGCUGUCGUGUGGACGGAUGUGUUUCAGGUCGCCGUCAUGCUUUUGGGCUUUAUUGGGAUCUUUGUCCACGGCACUGUCCUUGCAGGAGGACCAGCGAAAGUCCUAGAGAUCGCCAACAACGGCUCACGCAUCAACUUUAAUGAUUUUGGUCUGGAUCCUCAGCGGCGGUACUCGUUUUGGAGCUUUACGGUCGGAGGAACGAUGGUGUGGUUAUCCAUGUACUCAGCAAAUCAGGCUCAGGUGCAGCGCUACAUCUCCUGCAGUUCAGAGAGACAAGCAAAGUGGGCUUUAUUAAUCAAUCAGGUGGGCUUGUGUUUGAUUGUGAGCAGCGCAGCUACAUGUGGCAUUGUGAUGUUUGCUCUUUAUUCCCACUGUGAUCCUCUCAAAUCUGGACGAAUCUCUGCAUCAGAUCAGUACAUGCCUUAUUUGGUAUUGGACAUUUUUCGGGAUCUUCCUGGUUUUCCUGGACUUUUUCUAGCCUGUGCAUACGGUGGAACAUUAAGCACCGUCUCCACCAGCAUUAACGCCAUGGCUGCGGUUACGAUUGAGGAUCUGCUGAAACCGUUUCUGAUCAACUCAUCACAGAGGAAACAGAUGCAGCUUUGCAAAUUACUGUCAUUUUUGUAUGGAGUCGGCUGCAUCACAACGGCAGCUGUCUGUUCUUUCCUGGACUGGGGAGUUCUUCAGGGCUCGUUUACGGUCAUGGGCGUGGUUAACGGGCCGCUCCUGGGUACUUUUAUCUUGGGUAUGUUCAUCCCAGCAGCAAACAAAUCGGGUGCAUUUGUUGGGGUGGUGGUGGGGUUCUCUCUUGCUCUGUGGCUCGCUGUUGGAAGCUCUGUUUAUCCUCCAACCCCUCAACGAAUGGGUGUGUUAGACACCAACGCCGAUUACUGCCUCUCAGCUAACACUACACACAACUCCACCAUGCUAACAGCUCCAAACUCUACACUAUCACCUCCAGAACCUGCAGAGGACCGGUAUCAUGGUCUUCAGGAUUUCUACUCCAUAUCCUAUCUGUACUUUGGAGCUCUGUCCACCGGAGCAUCUGUGUUAGUCGGAUAUGUGGUCAGUUACCUCACAGGACCAACACUGAGGGGCUCGAUCCAGCCUGGUCUGCUGUGGUGGGAUCUGAAAGCUGACCGUGAUGCUCCUCAGGAAAGCACGGAGGAAUCGAUGGUUCUGAAUCCCACCGUUGUCCUUCAGAACCCUGAGAAAGAUGCUGAUAAAGAGCGCAAACCUUCUGUAUCUGUUUUGUGAGAAACUUUUGUGCUGGUUGUGGAUUUAUACAACAUAAAGUCCGGAAGAAUUCUUCUGCUAAUCUCUCUCUCUCCCUCUGUCUCUCUCUCUCUCUCUCUCCCUCCCUCUCUCUCUCUCUCUCCCUCUGUCUCUCUCUCUCUCUCUCUCCCUCCCUCUCUCUCUCUCUCUCUCUCUCUCUCUCUCUCUCUCUCUCUCUCUCUCUCUCUCUCUCUCUCUCCCCCUCCCUCUCUCUCUCUCUCUCUCUCUCUCUCUCUCUCUCUCUCUUUCUCUCUCUGUGUGACAGACACAAACACACAGAUAUUUAAUGACUAACAUUCCACACAUUCUUUCUGAAGCCUAAAUCAAUAGUGUUGAUGUUCUUAUCCUAAUUUCAGCUCAUCUUUCAGCAUUACACAACACACCUGCACCACACCUGUCUGUCUCAUCAACACACCUGUCUGUCUCAUCAACACACCUGUCUGUCUCAUCAACACACCUGUCUGUCUCAUCAACACACCUGUCUGUCUCAUCAACACACCUGUCUGUCUCAUCAACACACCUGUCUGUCUCAUCAACACACCUGUCUGUCUCAUCAACAAACCUGUCUGUCUCAUCAACACACCUGUCUGUCUCAUCAACACACCUGUCUGUCUCAUCAACACACCUGUCUGUCUCAUCAACACACCUGUCUGUCUCAUCACCACAUGUAAACUCAUUUACAGACUCAAAAUAAAGGAGAAGGAGUCAUUGCAUGUUCUGUAAACAUGAUCAUCUACUAAUCCGUGAUUUAUACAACACAAUUUCACCAAGCAGAUUAACAGAAGUCUGGAUGUAGGUUUAGACAAAGAUCCAGAGCAGAGCAGCACAGAGAGUUAGUACAUCUGAGUUAAAAAUCAUGCUAGCGUUCAGGUGUGGAGGAGUAAAUACUGACAGCAGUCGGAGUGUUUACAGGAUGUUCAGUGUGAGAGAGUUUCAUGAGUCUGAAGUUCCAAAAGUGAAUGACAACAAAAGAGAAAGUGAUCAAAUGUAUAAAAACAGACAGAACUCUAAGGGCGGCGUGAGUGAAGAUGAGGUUUAACCUAAAAUCACCAUUUACCA